ACACUCCAGUCAUUCGAAACGUGUUCGCGACUCUAUAAAGAGCUUCUGUUUUAUUUUAAAAAAAAAAUAAUUUACCAUUAAUUUUUGAUAUUUCAGAAAAAAAUUUACAGUUCUUGGGAAAAAUCCAUUUCUAUGAAGCGGAAAAAUUUGAAACAUUUUCAAAUUUGGAAAACAGGAAAAAUGCUCAGUGCUGGCUGAUAUAUCAUCAAAGAAGAAGAAAAUUGCCUUUUUUCCUGAAAGAAAUAAAUUACGAUUUGGAAUUUUUUUUCAACAAGACGCGCAAUGAAACAAUAGCAACAAAUUGAUUGAUCGUUUCGAAUUGAGAUCAUCAGGUCGACAGGUAGAUUUUACAUAGUGUCUCAUGAGGUCAACUCUGCCUUGAAACGGGAGCCGAAGACAGACUCGAAUUACAAGUCUUGGAAGAGAAACAAAAAAAAAAAAAAAAAAAAUUUCCGCCUCUUCUUCCACAAAGAAAGAUUUACAAAAUGACUUCCCUUAAUAUUACCUGGUUUCUAGUGUUAUUAGUGACAACUAAAGUUUACGCUGACUUUCAUGUUUCGUCGCAGGAUCUGACUAUAAUUGUUGGAGAUAAAAACUCUUUUAAUUUAUAUUUAACUGAACCAUUGACAGCAGAUGUGGAUGUUAAAUUUGAUAUACAGCAUCCAGAUUUAAUUAGAGCUGUACCAUCUAGUUUAAUUUUAAAAAAAGGAACUCAAGAAAAUUUAACAAUUGAAGUUCAAGCACUAAGAGCAGGUAGUGUUAUUCUCAGUGUGAAUGCAACUCCAAGUGAUGUUGCAAGUAUUACCGACGCAUUUGUCAGGAUAACUGUAGAAAAAUCGGCAAUACUCGAUCAUAUUAGUUCAGUAGUAGGAUGGCUUUAUUUUUUGGCAUGGAGUGUCAGUUUUUAUCCACAAAUUUUGAGUAAUUAUAGAAGAAAAAGUGUCGUGGGAUUAAAUUUUGACUUUUUAUCUCUCAAUUUUGUUGGAUUUGUUUUAUAUUCUUUAUUCAAUUGUGGUCUCUAUUGGAUACCUGAGAUAGAGCAAGAAUAUUUCAGUCGAUAUCCAAAGGGUUUGAAUCCAGUGAAACCAAACGAUAUAUUCUUUUCGUUACAUGCAUUUUUUGCAACAGUUGUGACAAUUCUUCAAUGCUUUAUUUAUGAGAUUGGCACUCAACGAGUUUCAACUACUGCACGAAUUAUUCAUGGAAUAUUUACAGCUUUUAUACUUAUUAGUAUUAUUCUGUCACUACAACACGUAAUUGGAUGGCUUGAUUUUCUUUAUUAUUGCAGUUACGUGAAAUUAGCGAUUACAUUAAUUAAAUAUGUACCCCAAGCUUUUUAUAAUUAUAAACGAAAAUCUACUGUUGGCUGGAGUAUUGGAAAUAUUUUUCUUGAUUUCACUGGAGGAAUGCUGUCCAUGUUGCAAAUGAUACUUAACGCUUAUAAUUUCGAGGAUUGGGAAAGUAUUUUCGGUGAUCCAACGAAAUUUGGUCUUGGAUUCUUUUCAGUUGCUUUUGAUGUUUUCUUUAUUGUUCAACAUUACUGUCUCUAUGGAACAAAAGUUUUGCUUUACAGAAGUGACAGCGAAAAAGUGAUUGACCUGAAAGGCCGAGUUUAACCAGCCGAUCUACAUAUUCCAUCUGUAUUCAAUUAAGUUCAGUUAAUCUUGAGAAACAGAGACUAGCUUGACGAUAAGAUCAAUUAUUUACUCUUUAAAUAAUUAUUUAAAGAGAGAAAACAUUUUUAAAAAAUCUAAAGUAGUGUCAAGUGUUUGUGCCAAUUUACUGAAAGACUAGAAACAAUUUACUAGCCUGAAAGAAAUAUCAAUCAAUUUAGAACUUUUAUUUUUUGGUGUUUCAGAACUGUAGUUAAUUUGCAAGUGUUUUAGAACUUUUAUUUAUUUAAAAAGUGGUUUUAGAAUCUCUUAUUAUUAUUUAAGUGUUAUAGAAACUUUUUAUUAUCAUUAUUAGAAUUUUUUUUUU